AUUGCUGUACUAAAAUAAUCCUGCCGAUUUAAUCAAAGACUUGGCAGUAUUCUGUUUUAUGCAAUCGAAGUUACAAAAGUCAAAACCUGUUGUUUCAUUAAUUAACAGAAAGAGGAAGCGAGUUUUAGAGAAAUGGCCGAUGAGUCUGCCCAUGGUGUUUCUCAUGAUCUAUCAUCUCUUCUCUCGUCUCAAGACCGAGAAUUUCUGAUCCGCAGUAAUGGUGAUCAGGCUAAAUUGAGCAGCUUGGCAGGAAAAAUUGUGGGACUAUACUUCUCAGGAUCAUGGUGCGGUCCAUGCCGGCAUUUCACUCCAACUCUGAUAGAAGUUUACGAAGAGCUCUCAUCAAAAUUCGAAUUCGAAGUAGUUUUCAUAUCAUCGGACAGAGAUGAAGAAUCAUUCCAUGCUUACUUCUCCAAAAUGCCAUGGCUUGCCAUUCCAUAUUCUGAUGACCAAAACCGCAAACGCCUUAAGGAGUUGUUCAAAGUGAGAGGGAUCCCUAAUUUUGUGAUUAUUGAUGCUGAAGGCAAGAUUUGUUGCGAUCAGGGUGUCAAAUUCAUUAGGGAUUAUGGAGCAGAUGGGUAUCCAUUUACUGCAGAAAGAGUUGAUUAUUUUAGGCAGCAAGAAGAACAUGCUAAGAUUAAUCAGACUCUGAACUCUAUUUUGGUUUCCAAAUCGCGCGAUUUUCUGGUUUCUAGAGAUGGAACUGUGGUACCAGUUUCUGAGCUUGAAGGGAAACUGGUAGGUCUAUAUUUCGCAGUGAAUUCUCAUCCGUCGAGCUUAGAUUUUACUCCAAAACUUUUGGAGGUAUAUCAAAAACUCAAGAAAAAAGGAGAGAACUUUGAGAUAGUGUUGAUAUCUCUAGACUACGACGAGAAUAACUUCAAACAAUGUCUUGAAACAAUGCCUUGGCCCGCAUUGCCAUUCCAUGACAAGAUUCGUGAAAGAUUAGCUCGCUAUUUUGAACUCAGUGUCCUGCCUACUUUGGUCAUAAUUGGAGAAGAUGGAAAGACUUUAAAUCAAAAUGUAGCUGAACUUAUUGCAGAUCAUGGUAUUGUAGCCUACCCUUUUACACAAGAGAAGCUUGUUGAGCUUGCUGAAAUUGACAAGGCAAAACUUGAAGCUCAGACUCUAGAGUCUGUUUUGGUUCAUGGGGAUAAAGAUUUUGUCAUUGACAAGAGUGGUUUCCAGGUUCCAGUGGUUGAACUAGUGGGAAAGAACAUUGUCCUGUAUUUCUCAGCAAAAUGGUGCCCUCCAUGUCGUGCAUUUUUACCAAAGCUGAUCGAAGCAUACCAUGAAAUCAAGUCAAAAGAUAUAGCAUUCGAGAUAAUCUUCAUCUCAAGUGAUCGCGAUCAAUCCUCAUUCGACGAAUUCUACACAGAAAUGCCAUGGCUAGCACUUCCAUUUGGUGACGAGAGGAAACCAAUUGUAGCUCGGAAGUUCAAAAUAAAAGGCAUUCCUGCAGCAAUAGCAAUCAGCCCAACUGGAAAAACAGUAACAAAAGAAGCUGCGGAACACAUAACCACUCACGGAGCAGAUGCAUAUCCGUUCACAGAUGAUCAUCUGAAAGAAUUAAAUGAAAAGCUGGAAAAGGUAGCUAAUGAGUGGCCUGAGAAAGUGAAACACGAAUUGCAUCCAGAACAUGAGCUUGUGCGUAUCAAAAGAAAUGCAUAUGGGUGCAAUGGGUGCAGAGAGAUGGGACUUGAGGUCCAGAAAUCAACUUUGGAGAUUCUUUUAUAUGUUUUAUUGGAUUUGUUUUAA